AUGGCGGCCGCGCUGAGGAGGGCCGUCGCGCAGCGCUUCGCGGCGGCGCCGCAGCAGGCCUACGGGACGCCCCGCCGCUUCAUGCAGGAGCGCCCCGCCUUCCGCCCCGCCGUGCCCCCGGACGUGGGAUUCAUGCCCCUCGCCGACCGGAUCCGCGACCACCUCGGCGUCUCCUUCCCGCGCAUCAACCUCGACGGCCUCGUACCCCCCGCCCCGGCCCGGCCCCAGCCACCACCAACGAGGGAGGCCGCCGCGGUCGUGGGCAGCCUCACGGUGGAGGAGGCGCGGAAGGUGCUGCGCGCCACGCAGAUGGAGGCGGCGCGCGCGCGGGUGCGGGCCUCCCGCGAGGGCACCGUGCCCUACGCGGAGUACCUGCGCCUCUGCUGCGACGCCGCGGGCGCCGACGACGGGCCCUCCGUCGCGCGCGCGCUCGACGAGUCCGGAUCCGUCAUCGUGCUCGGCAGGACUGUCUUCCUCAGGCCCGAAAUGGUUGUGAAAGCAAUUGAGAAAGCAAUACCCAUUCCGCGAGGGCUAUCUGUUGCUGAGAAUCACCCCGCAAGGGAGGAGCUGAAGGCCAUGGAGGCCCAGAAGGUAGACAUCGACCGCAUGGCGACGCGCCAGGUGCGGCGGGAGCUGUGGGGAGGGCUGGCUGCCCUAGCCCUCCAAACGGCCGGCUUCAUGAGGCUCACAUUCUGGGAGCUCUCCUGGGACGUCAUGGAGCCCAUCUGCUUCUUUGUGACGUCCACGUACUUCAUGGCCGGCUACGCCUUCUUCCUCCGGACCAAGAGGGAGCCGUCGUUCGAGGGCUUCUUCCAGAGCCGUUUUGCGGUGAAGCAGAAGCGUCUGAUGAAAGCCCGGGAUUUUGAUGUCCGCCGGUACAGCGAGCUCCGGCGAGCCUGUGGCCUCCCGUCCCUACAUCCUCAGAGCCCCUGCGCGUCGUCGCAGGAGAGCCACCACCAUUGUCUUUCUCACUGCCAUUGUGAUUGA